CUGAGAGGAUAGGGGCGGGGGGAACACACAUCUGGAAAGGGAUAAUAAGAUGCGCAUGAACUACGAUAAAGAAAACUUUUGAAAGAGAAACAAAUAAAUUGCUGGAGAUUUCCGGCGGCGGAGGUGGGGCGUCGUGUUGAUAGUCUGAGCUAAUACUAUUCAGGGAGAAUGCGGUUUUGAAGAAGCUGGCUUUACAUACAGUUCAAUUGAGGAACUCAAACGACAAAGUCAUUAACGCGCUUGUGGAGUUUGGAAAAAGUCAUCAUUGCAAAAGUGGCUUUUUCUGUUUGUUGUCUGAAAGUUUUUUUAAUGCGAAGGAGCGAGGAGACAAACAGAAAAAAUCCAGGAGGGGCAAGAAUGAGACAAAAUUCAACGGGCUGCGGCUGACUGCACACAUGAGAAAAACAAUUUUCUACCCGCAGUAACUUUCUGGGGGGAACGUUUGCGAAAAGACUGGCGAUAAAUGUAGUAUUCACCAAUGCAUUGGAUUUAAACAGCUGAACACAAAAUAGGACACGUGUCUUUUACCAAAAAAACACAGCUGCUGAUCGCUUGCAUCUGUUUAUCUACGUUUGUGUCGGAUAGCAGCACCGUGUGCAGGUUACGCUGAACAUAGUUCAAUAUACCGCUACACACAUUCCUCAUUCAUCAUCUUUACUAACUUCUUCAAACAGAACACCACCUUUUUUCAUCAUCAGUAUAUUCAUCUCAAAAAGGAAAUCAAAUGUCCUCCUGUAGCAGCGGCUCUCCUCCAUCCCUGCAGAAAUCUUACCCCCAUCCUCAACACCCAGCUGCUCCACCGACUCCUUCGCCGUCCCCAAGCCCACCGACAGCUUUCUACAGCCGGUUAUCAAACGGGAGCCUGAGCGCUCCGAGUCCUACGAACUCUCGAAGUUCUGUCCAUGGGGUAUCUUUCCUCCUGCAAAUCGGACUGACCAGGGAGACUGUGACCAUCGAAUCUCAGGAACCCUCACUACCCGCUGUGAAAGACCUAGUCUGUUCUAUUGUGGACCAAAAGUUCCCAGAGUGUGGUUUCUUUGGGAUGUACGACAAAAUCUUACUCUUUCGCCAUGACCUGAACUCUGAAAACAUCCUGCAGAGGCUGCUGUCAGCGGAGGAGAUCCAUGAAGGAGACCUGAUCGAGGUGGUCCUCUCUGCUUUGGCCACAGUGGAAGAUUUCCAGAUCCGACCCCACACUCUUUAUGUGCACUCUUACAAAGCGCCCACCUUCUGUGAUUACUGCGGGGAGAUGCUGUGGGGCCUUGUACGCCAGGGGCUGAAGUGUGGAGGGUGUGGGCUGAACUACCACAAGCGCUGUGCCUUUAAAAUACCAAACAACUGCAGUGGAGUGAAGAAGAGGCGCUUGUCGAAUGUCUCUCUGCCAGGACCUGGGCUGCCUGUCCUGAGACCUACUCCCAUUGAACACACAGCAGUGUCCAUUGAGGAGCAGCGCUCUCACCAAGAGGCCGGCAAACGCAUCCCUUCCUGGAGUGGCCGUCCCAUUUGGAUGGAGAAGAUGGUGCUGGGGCGUGUGAAGGUUCCUCACACCUUCGCUGUGCAUUCGUACACGCGGCCCACCAUCUGCCAGUACUGCAAGCGCCUGCUCAAGGGCCUCUUCCGCCAGGGCAUGCAGUGCAAAGAUUGUAAAUUUAAUUGUCACAAGCGCUGUGCAUCCAAAGUCCCCCGAGACUGUCUUGGUGAAGUUUUCUUUAACGGAGAGCCUGCCAAUGCAGGCCCGGACUCCGAGCUGCCCAUGGAGGUGGACAGCGGGGACAUGAACAGCGACGGCAGCAGAGGGCUGGACGACCCGGAGGAGCCCUCCACCCCUGAAGACAAGAUCUUCUUCAUGGAUUCUCCUGAUCUGGACGGGGAGAAAGAUGAAGAGCAAGUGAAGACGAUAAGUCCUUCUACAAGCAGCAACAUCCCUCUGAUGAGAGUGGUACAGUCCAUGAAGCACACGAAAAGGAAGAGCAGCACCAUGGUGAGGGAGGGCUGGAUGGUGCACUACACAAGCAGGGACAACUUGAGAAAGAGACAUUUCUGGAGGCUGGACAGUAAAUGCCUGACUUUGUUCCAGAAUGACACUGGAGCCAAAUACUACAAGGAAAUUCCCCUCUCAGAGAUUCUCCAGGUGGACUCGGCUCGGGACUUUACUAAUCUGGCACAGAGCAGCAACCCUCACUGCUUUGAGAUCAUUACUGAUACCAUGGUGUACUACGUGGGAGAAAGCAGUGGAGGGUGCUACCAGAACCCUGUGCUGGCUGCCUCAGGAGUGGGCUUUGAGGUGGCCCAAAGCUGGGAGAGAGCCAUUCGACAGGCACUCAUGCCUGUUACCCCUCAGGCCAGUGUGGCCGCUGCUGCAGGACAAGGAAAAGAUCACAAGGAAUUGUCUAUCAGCAUAUCUGUUUCCAACUGCCAGAUUCAGGAGAAUGUGGAUAUAAGCUCAGUUUACCAAAUAUUUGCAGAUGAGGUUUUGGGAUCUGGACAAUUUGGAAUUGUAUAUGGAGGAAAGCACAGGAAGACUGGAAGAGAUGUUGCCAUCAAAGUCAUUGACAAAAUGAGGUUCCCAACCAAGCAGGAGAGCCAAUUGAGAAAUGAAGUAGCGAUCCUUCAGAACCUGCACCACCCUGGCAUUGUGAACCUGGAGUGCAUGUUUGAAACUCCAGAGAGGGUCUUCGUUGUCAUGGAGAAGCUCCAUGGCGACAUGCUGGAGAUGAUUCUAUCCAGUGAGAAAAGCAGGCUGCCGGAACGGAUCACUAAAUUUCUCGUGACACAGAUCCUCGUGGCUUUGAGGCAUUUGCAUUUCAAAAACAUCGUGCACUGUGAUCUGAAGCCAGAGAACGUGCUGCUGGCCUCUGCUGAGCCUUUCCCUCAAGUGAAGCUAUGUGAUUUUGGCUUUGCCCGGAUCAUUGGGGAGAAAUCGUUCCGGCGCUCCGUGGUGGGGACCCCAGCCUACCUCGCCCCGGAGGUGCUCAGGAGUAAAGGGUACAACAGGUCCUUGGACAUGUGGUCUGUGGGUGUCAUUGUAUAUGUGAGCCUGAGUGGCACCUUCCCAUUCAACGAGGAGGAAGAUAUCAAUGACCAGAUUCAAAAUGCAGCCUUCAUGUACCCACCAAAUCCCUGGAAAGAGAUUUCUGGUGACGGUAAAGCAACUGACUUAAUAAACAAUCUUCUUCAAGUGAAAAUGAGGAAGCGCUACAGUGUGGACAAGUCCCUCAGUCACCCCUGGCUACAGGAUUAUCAGACUUGGCUGGAUCUCAGGGAGUUUGAGACUCGGAAAGGAGAGCGUUACAUCACACACGAGAGUGACGAUGCGCGCUGGGAGGAGUAUGCGGACGAGCACAGCCUUGCACACCCUAAGCACUUCAUAAUGGCACCCAACCUCGACGACAUGGAGGAAGAUCCCUAGUCACCAAAACCCAGUCUGUUCACAGGCCAAUCUAGAGUGCAGGAGCCCUGCCGCUGCACACUCACAAAGCCACCUGGAACUGCUGCACCAGAACCAAGCACACACUGCUUCAGCUGGGACUGCCUGGCCAGAUUGUUACCUAGUAACCAAAACACGUGUGCACUGGGCUAUUAAGGACUGUGUGGUAAGGCCAGGCAUGUCACACAGGUGUGGGUGUGAACUUGUAACUGAGGUGGUGUAGCUUCUACCAAGGUCAGUUACGUGGACUUCAGGUUUUUAAAGUGAUUUUAAAGUAUUAAUCAGAUAUAGUAAGGCUUUCUUUUCCAGUACCUCUCUUAUCUCGCUGCCUUCUUACAAGCCAUAAAAUACUAGGUUACUGAACUCGGCGUUUUAGGCUAGGAGAAUAUUUUCUAUCUAUGCAUAUAUCCUGUGGAAACAAAACUUGUACUCAACAGCACAAGCCAGAUAAGGGUUAAAGCUUGGACCAAAUGAAACAGUAAGAGCAUGGAUAUUUAUAUUGACAGUCCCAUUCCAUAGAAACGUCUAGCGUAGCAUAAGCAGAAUGUGAGGAGAAAUAUAAUAAGUUAUUUUAUGUGUAUUUAAAAAAAAAAAAAAAAAAAAAAAAAAAAAAAAAACAAACCUUUCACAUUUUGUUGUUUGAAUGUCCAUUCCUUUCUGAAAUAAUGUUGGGUCAUUUCUGAACGAGAGACGAAGGUUUCUUCUCCAAUUCAAACUAUUUAAACUGGAACACCUAUGUAAUGUUAUGCUAUUGUUUUGCCCACAUCCUGCAUUGAUUUGAGAUUUUUGCACAAUGUUAAAUAUUUAAUCUUAGUGUAAAGGACCAAAGUUAAAUAUAAAAAAAUCAAAGUGAUUGUUGGUUGGCAUGACGACACAAUUAGAAGUGUCUUUUAACCCAUGCAGUAUUUAUUGUGAAACUCACUCUGCAGGGGAGGACUCACUUUACUCAUUUCAGUAAGGGCUCCCUUCUCAUUGGUCAUUUGCUCUGACCUAAUUAAGAGAGCCUCAAUGCAGCACCUGAAGCAACCUGAACUAACCUGAAGCAAAAUCUGUAUUCCAACGUGCUGGAAGUUUAUUGCAGACCAAACGGGAUUAUUCAUCUCAGUAGGUAUAUCCCAUUAUAACCAUACAAACAGUCAGUUGUUUGAUCCCAAUUAUUAUACAAGAACCUGGCAAAAAAACAAGAUGUGUAUCAAAUCCAAUAUUGUGCAUGUGUAUAUUUCUUCAAUGUCUCAUUUUGGAAUCUAGUGUAUCUUGCGUUUGAGUCCAAUCCAAUGACAGAAUGAUCAUGAAUAGCAUUGUUUCAGAUUACGCUGCUUUGCUAAGCAGAUGCAGAGCUUGAUCUAUGGAAAGUAAUUCUGUGAAUGCAGUUUAAUUGAGGCUUAAACAUACUUUCUAUUCCAUACAUCACACUUUGUUAUAUAAAAAGAAUACUCUGAAUGUUCAUUGAGCGCUGUGGUAAUUUUACCCUGUGGGGCUCCCAGGGUAUUCCACAAUCAUUCAUGGAUGAUCACUCAUGGGUUAUCCUUUAUAUAUACAAUGAAGUCAGUCUUAACCUAGUAUGGUACCGUGUGUGCGAGUGUGUGUAUCACACGAGCCCCGCGUCACAUAGGCAGUGCACCAGCAUGCUGGAUUUGUGAGCCCCUUUCAAACCAGUCAGUGCAUUACCUGUUUUUAUGCAGUCUUUGAAGGAUGCCACUUAGUCCGUGGUUCGUUAUUCAUUCCUAAGAUGUUGAAUAUUAUCAUAGACGGCUUUCUGGCAACGUCAGAAUACUGUGGAUUAAAUGUAAUUGGCAGUGCAGUUGAAACUUGGUUUAGGAGAAAUAUGUUCCUGACUUGGGCAAUUCAGUAAAAAAAGUGCUUACAAUCUCUGCGUCUUACAGCACAAAAAAAAUGUUAUACUACCACAUUAAAUACAUGUAGAAAUGUAUUCUGAAUGCCAAAUUCAAUAACGACUUAAUAACAAUUGACCUCAGUGUUAGAUUAAUAAAAGGUAAUACUUGUUUCAUGCCGGAAACAUUUAAUGGUUUAAAAAAAUAAAUCCCAAUUACUGCCUAAACCAGAAGAUGAAGUUCCGGUUUGCCUUUUUCAUUUAGAUUCAUUGACCAAAUGAAAUUCACCGGCAAAUUCUACUCCAUUCUAAUGCUUGUCUUCACUGAUAUGACAUUUUACAUUAAAAAAACAGCAUUAACCCUGAUGAGAACACAGCAUAGCAGCUGUUACAAAGCUUUGCAUUAGGUUUAAUGGGGGCCCCUCUUUGCACUUUCAUUUGCUUCCAUUUACUGUUUUCCUACCACCACACUCGAUUAACAUUAAUGAUGUUUGACUUGAAUCGAUGUUUGAAUUAGCGCCAGUUUUGAAAAUGAGCAUUGGCCACAGCGUUUGUUACUGGCAGUUUCAAAUACAAAAUGGGAAAUGCAAACUGCACUCUCUUGUCGUAAUAGCAGGUUAUCUGGAAAUGUGAUGUCUUUAUCUCUUAUGAAUAUGUAUGUGUAUAAUAGGUUUAUAAUAAAUAUAUAUGCAGCCAAAAAA